CAUCUCCCAGGUUGGGGUGGCCUGGAGCUGCUGCUGCUGCUGUGUGGCCUGGAGUUCUCCCAGCCCUGCCCGCGUCACUGCAUCUGCUACACCUCCCCCAGCACCGUCUCCUGCCAGGCCCACAACUUCCAGGCGGUUCCGGAGGGCAUCCCGGCGCAGAGCGAGCGAGUCUUCCUGCAGAACAACAAGAUCCAGCGGCUGCUGCAGGGCCACUUCUCCCCCACCACCGCCAUGCUGUGGCUGUACUCCAACAACAUCUCCUACAUCCAGCCCUCCACCUUCCAUGGCUUCGACCGGCUGGAGGAGCUGGACUUGGGGGACAACCGCCACCUGCGGGCCCUGGCGGGGGACACCUUCCGGGGGCUGGGCCGGCUGCACGCCUUGCAUCUGUACCAGUGCGGGCUGGUCACCCUGCCGGCCGGACUGCUUGAGGGCCUCAGCAGCUUGCAGUACCUCUACCUCCAGGACAACCAGCUGGAGUUCCUGGAGGACGACCUCUUCAUCGACCUCAUGAACCUCAGCCACCUCUUCCUCCACGGCAACCGGCUCUGGAGCCUGCGGCAGAACACCUUCAGGGGCCUGGGCGCGCUGGACCGGCUGCUGCUGCACCACAACCGGCUGCAGUGGGUGGACCGCCAGGCCUUCCACGACCUGCGGCGCCUCACCACGCUCUACCUGUUCAACAACUCCCUGACCCAGCUGGCGGGCUCCGUCCUGGGCCCGCUGGUCUCCCUCGAGUACCUGCGGCUCAAUGACAACCCCUGGGAGUGCGACUGCAAGGCGCUGUCGCUCUGGGAGUGGCUGCGCCGCUUCCGGGGCUCCACCUCCACGCUGGCCUGCCGGGCGCCCCCCGAGCUGGCCAACCAGGACCUGAAGGUGCUGAGGAAGGAGGAGCUCCCCAGCUGCCCCGCCGCCGAGGGCGUGAGCAGAGGAAGGGGUGGAGGAGGUGGAGGAGGAGGAGGAGGAGGAGGAGGAGGCGGAGGAGGAGGAGGCGGAGGAGGGGACCAGCAGGGGGAGACUCUCAACCACCUGAACCGCUACCGCAACCACCACAACCCCCACCAGCGGCCCUACCUUCCCCACGGCGACCAACACUUCCUGCCCUCCCCCUCCCCGCUGCCCCGCCCGCCCAAGUUGGGGCGGAGGAACUGCACCCGCCGGGGCCGCAAGGGCAAGGGGGGGGGCAACGAGGUGGAGGGGGGCGACAAAGACUAUUCCCCGGACGGGGGCAAAAACGACCCAUCGCUUCACCCCAGGAGGAAGAACAAGUGCAUCCCGAGAACUUCGGUGGACCCGCCCAGAGGGGUGCUGAGAGCCAAUAGCAGGGCACCACUGCACCUCCUUGCGUCUCCAUUGGCUGCGUGGCUCCUGUCGGCCGCUACUCUGAUCCUCUGCUGAGCGCUGUGGAGUGGUCGGACCGCGGACCCCGCCUGGUCCUGUGUUGGUUGUGUCUUAGUGACAGGUGUCAGCGGCGUUAUCGAUAUCUAGCGCAACACCACGUUUGAUACGACGAUCAAUAGAAGAGUUCCUGUCAAGAUGACUGGAGUCGAUUCAGAAAUGAGGUUGUGAGGGGGACAAAUAACUCUUAUUUUAAAACGUCGGUGGUACCAAAUCUGUAUAUCAUGUAUUUAACCCCUUAACCCCUCACACAUCACCUUGGCUUAAUGUCGAACAAAGCACAAUAUCAAUCCAGCAUUUGAGUGAUUUCCAUGUUUGCUCCACUGAACGGGACGUGAUGCGGCCCACAGAGCCCCUCCUGAUGCAUUUCUUCUCCUCUGUAAACGGUCCUGUGUUGUUUCACCUCCAGCUGGCUGUGCCUAGUGAGACUUGAGAUCCGCCCCAUAAAGCACAUCCUCAGGAUGUUGGACCGUCUACAGAACCGGCAGUACCUGGGCCUGCUGCUGCCACAUCCAUCACAGAGCCACGCCAGCCAGCGAGAGUGUGAGUGUGAGUGAGAGACACAGAGAGACAGAGAGAGAGAGCCAAGUGAUUCAUCAAUUAAUGUCACUAUGCAGACAGGCAGGAGUGGAUGAUGGUUUAGUCCUCAGCCUGACAUCGAAUGUGAUAGAGGCUUGUUUAAGUGUCCUGUCAUUUUAAGUCCAACCAAAAUAAGCUGAGGGCCGAAGCCAACGAAGGAUCUGCCCCCACUCCGACCGCCGGCCUGUCUUCAUGGAGCCCUUCGGGGAGGGGAGGCUGACUGGCAGCAGGGCGUCCUGUUUGAGGGGAAGACCCCAGUGUAUUAGGGUUAGGGCUAACCCCAGAGUGUUUCUGGACCCCAGUGGGGGGCGUUGUUCCCAGGGAGAGCAGGACUAGCAGGUCUCUACAGCCCACCGUCCCCCACAACCCAAAGCUCUUCGGCACCGGACAAUGAAGCACCUCUUUCACCACAAAGUCUUUCAGAUACAAAACUGAGAAAUAUAUGUCUGUAUAUAUAGAUAUAUAUAUAUAUAUAUGUAAAAAUAUAUACCGAAGCGAUCGAUUUUAUUUUUUGAUUUUUUUCCCGCUGGGGAUCACAAGUGCUGAAGUGUCUGCAGGACCUCCAACUGAGGACGGAGGUUAGGGUUACCUAACCGCACCUGAAGGCAGAGGUUAGGGUUACCUGACCCCACCUGAAGGCAGAGGUUAGGGUUACCUAACCGCACCUGAAGGCAGAGGUUAGGGUUAC